AUGCUAGUAGUCCACGAUGAACUGGUACGGGCCGGGUCUGGACCAGGCUUUUUAGUAGAGAUGGGCAAGGUUUUGCAAAAUUUAAAUGCUACGAAAAUUCUUGUUUGUGGUGGUGCUGGUUAUAUUGGUUCUCAUCUUGUUCGAGAACUUUCGACUCUGCAAGGUUACGAAAUUAUUAUCCUGGAUAAUCUUUCUAAAGGUCAUAUAAAAUCAAUUCCCAAAGGAAUUAAAUUCGAAAAAGCCGAUAUUCGUGAUAAGAUAGCUCUUGAACAAAUAUUUUCUAAAUAUAAACCAGAUGCCGUAAUGCAUCUUUGUGCUUCAAUUUCUGUCGGGGAAAGUGUAGCUGAUCCUUUAGAAUAUUACGAGAAUAAUGUGGCUGGAACUGUUUAUCUUCUUCAGGCAAUGAAAAAAUAUAAUGUCAAAUAUUUCAUUUUUUCAUCUAGUGCUGCAAUUUUUGGUAAUGCAAAAGAAGUGCCCAUUCCAGAUGAUGCUCGGUCAGAACCAAUAAGCCCUUAUGCUGACACUAAAUUUAUCGUUGAAAAAUUACUUGCAUGGUCUGAAAAUGCCUAUGGGAUGAAAUAUAUUUGUCUUAGAUACUUUAACGCCUGUGGUGCUCAUGAAAGUGGUGAUAUCGGUGAAGAUCAUGAUCCAGAAACACAUUUAAUACCACUUAUCCUUCAAGUAGCACUUGGUCAAAGAGAUAGUAUUAGUAUUUUUGGUAAUGAUUAUGAGACUAAAGAUGGAACUUGUGUGCGAGAUUACAUACAUGUUACUGAUCUUGCCACCGCACAUAUCAUGGCGCUAGAGUAUCUUAUAAAAGAAAAUAAAUCGCAAUCAUUUAAUUUGGGAUCUGGAAAAGGAUAUACAGUCAAAGAAGUAAUCAAUGCUGCUAGAAACAUUACCGGUCAUCCAAUUCCAGAUAUAGUGGAGGACCGCAGAGUUGGUGAUCCUGCAAUACUGAUUGCUAGGUCUACGUAUGCUGAACAAAUCCUUGGCUGGAAGAGAAAAUAUAAUACAAUUGAAAGUAUUGUUGCUA